AUGAGCAAUUCUAUCGACUCCUCUGUUUCCUCUGCCGAUUUCCUCUGCUCGGCUCCCCAAAUACCCCGUAUAAAUAUGGCGCGCCACUCCCGCCACUCGCCGCACACAAGAAUAUCAUCAGCACGCAGCUCUCGCACGGAGCAGAUCAAGCAAGCUCUCACUCAAUCGUUUCUUGUUGAAAUCAUUCCGAGUUCAUUAAUGAGCAGUUGCUUUGAGGCGUCAGCAAUGAGCGACCUGAUUCCAGGGUUGCCGGAGGAGGUGGCGAGGGAGUGCCUCAUCCGGGUGGGCUUCGACCAGCUGCCGGCGGUGCGCCGCAUCUCGCGGCAGUGGAAGGAGGAGGUCGAGUCGCCGGACUACGGCCGCCUGCGCCGCGCGGAGGGGCUGGCGCGCCCGGUGGUCGCCAUGGUCCAGGCGCAGCCUGAGCACGUCGAGCCGGGCCCGGCGCAGAAGCACGCGUCGGCGUCGGCGGCCAACGGCGGAUCCGCGAACAACUACAGGAUGGUUCUGCUGGACCCCGUGGAGGGGCGGUGGGCUCCGCUCCCAGUGCUGCCCGGCACGACCGGGAGCCUGCCCCUGUUCUGCCAGGUGGCUGCGGUGGACGGCGCGCAGGGGAGGAAGCGGCUGGUGGUCGUCGGCGGGUGGGACCCGGAGUCGUGGGCGCCGACCGACUCGGUGUACGUGUACGACUUCUUGACAGGCGCGUGGCGGCGCGGGGCGCCCAUGCCGGGCCCGCGCCGGUCCUUCUUCGCCACCGCGGCCGUCCGCGGGGUCGUGUACGUCGCCGGCGGGCACGACGAGGAGAAGAACGCGCUCCGGUCGGCGCUGGCAUACGACCCGGACGCCGACGCGUGGGCCGCGCUCCCGGACAUGGCAGAGGAGCGCGACGAGCCGCGCGGGCUCUGCGUCGGCGGCAGGUUCCUGGUCGUCGGCGGGUACCCGACGCAGGCGCAGGGGCGGUUCGCUGGCUCCGCCGAGGCCUUCGACCCGGCGACGGCGGCCUGGGCCACCGUCCAGGAGAGCCUGCUAGAGGACGGAACGUGCCCGAGAACCUGCUGCGUGGCGCCGGGAGCGGAGCGCAUGUACAUGCUUCGCGACGGGAACCUCGUGGCUCGCGACGCCGGUGCCUCGGCGGGCUGGCGCACGGUGGCGUCCGUGCCGGAGGACGCCCGUACCGCCUCGACAGUCUCCGCCAUCCCCGGCGGACGCGUCGUGGUGAUCGGCUCAGGCUGCCACGGAGGCGACCAGACCGUGUACAUGCUGCGCGACGAGGCCGGCAAGGCCGCGUCCUGGGCACGCGCCCCCGCACCGCCGGAGUUCUCUGGGCACGUGCAGGCUGCAUGCCUCCUAGAGAUCUGA